GUAAAACAUAAACAAUUCACGUUUGUGACCAAACAAUACAAACCUCAAACGAUAAAAAUGGCCAAGUUUAUCAUUGUCCUUUGUGCCUUUAUUGCAACUGUAUCGGCUGGUCCUGGAUUGGUUGGGCCUUUAGGUGGUUUUCCUCUGGCCUAUGCUCAAGGUCUACCAUACUCAUCACCUUUGACCUACUCAGCUUCACUGGCAUACACCUCUCCUGUGGCAUACGGUUUGGCCUCAGGUGGAAGCAGUCGCGUGGAUAUUCAAAACAACUAUAAUCUUGCUCCACAAUUUGCUUCAGUUCCUUUUGCUGCUAGAAUAGUUGCUCCUUACACCAACGUUGCCGCCGUAGCUCCUUCCGUUCAAGCUCCAUUGGCUCCUGCACCUUUGAGCUACAACUUCGCCCAAUUAGCUGCUCCACAAACAGGCCCAGUUGCUUUUAGUGCACCCGUAGCCACUUCCCCAAUAGCAGCUGUACCUUUUGCUAAGUUUGCCACUCCAGUUCCAUUUACUGCUCCUCAACUCAUCCCUGCUCCAUUGAGAUACAGUGCUCCACUAUUGAACAAUUACAACUACUAUGGAUCUCCACUAUCUUAUGCUUUCCCCGGUCAAAUCAAUGCUCUGCCAUUUGCAGCAGCUCCAACAGGACUACCAAUUGCUGGUCAAAUUGCUGCUUCUCCCAUUCCUUUAGCAGCUGAUCCUUCAACCGCUCAAACUACCAGAAUGACUGCAGUUCAAGCUGAAAGUGCAUCAGAAAACGAUUCAGAGGAAAUCCCUGCUAAACUGAUGUCAGCAGAAAAUCCAUCGGAAUCUUCUGAAAAACAGAAAUUUGCUACUCCUGCCCCAGUUGAUGGACCAUCAGCAGCACCUCGUGAUGGAUCUCAAUCUCCAGUUGUUCCAGUUAAUAAUAAUUAAGAACGAAUUUUUUAGGAAGACUGAAAACUUGUCAUUUUUUAAGUAGAAAAUAAACGUUAUAUAACAAUUAAA